AUGGCACCCCUGUCUCCAAUUAUUUCUUCAUUUUACGAAACCCCCCAAAGUCAUUACUGGCUUGUUACACAAGAGCCAAUGCUAUGCUGCACAAUCUUGAUGAUCUCAUCCCGCUACCACAUCCUCCCUGGAGCUGGCGGUACCUCACGAGGAUACUUCAUCCACACUCGGCUGUGGCAGCAUUGCCAGCACCUUAUACUGCGCAUAACUCUCGGCCAGGAAAAAACCUCAAAGGCCAAAACAAGGCAUCUGUCAUCUAUCGAAGCCCUACUCCUUAUAUUGGAAUGGUAUCCACGAGCGCUUCACUUCCCUCCAGAAACCGAUGGCUGGGACUCGGAUUUAGCUUUGUUGGCUCCGGACUGGAGAGACCCUCCCGUCACUGAUGAUGAUCUGCCAAUGUCCAAUCGUUGGAAGGAGGAUGUUGUUGAGCCAACGAAACGAUCGGACCGAAUGUCGUGGAUGCUGGUUAGUAAUGCGUUGGCCUUGGCGCAUGAGCUGGGUGUGUUUGGACAGGGUGUUCAGACACUUAAAGCGGACAGCGUAGCCGCGAGCUCUGAGACAGAUGCGUAUGUGGAAUUGCUUGACAGUAGACGCCGACGCCUCCCGUUGUUAUUAUUUGUUUUGGUGAAUCUCAUUGCGGCAAGGAUCGGGUGCCCGUCACUUCUACCAGCGACUCCGGGCGUUUCCUCAAUGGUGGGAGAGGAUCGAGAUUGGGUGUGUUUCAUGACCUCCUGGGUUGAGCUGACUAGGAUUACGAAAGAGAUUACAGAACAAUACUUUCCUCCGCUUAGGAAUGAUGAGAGAUCACAAAGGUGGAACACCACCGCAUCGCUGGGCAAAUGGCGAACCGUGCUGUCUAAAUGGUUAACUAAGGGAUCCUUAAUAGAUAGACCAUUUGAUGAUAUUCUGUACAUUGAAACCGAAUACCUUCGUGUAUUCAUCAACUCCAUUGAAAUGCAGUCUUUUGUCGAGGAAAACGUCCCACAGUCCGACCUGCCAUCACAGGCCAAUACUGUGGAAGCCAAAGACUGCCUAUUCCUAACAGAGGUUGUCGAAGGCUCAUGUGCGAUCCUCGAUCACAUAGUCCUUCGUUCAACCGAACAAGCAAUCCGAUAUCUUCCCAACCGCAUCUUCCUGCGCGUCAUCAGCUGCUCAAUCUUUCUUCUCAAGGCUCUAAGCCUUGGCACCCGUGCAGCGGCACUCAGGGACGCUUUGAAUCUCCUUGAUAAAGCAAUCGAUACGAUACAGUCGGACUGUCCCGACGAUAUACACCUUGUCUCGCGAUAUGCCGCUCUCCUGCAAAUCCAUGUUUCUCGUGUCCGCCAGACGUUCAGUAUGUCGGGUAAUAAUAUACCCAACAUGCAGUCGCAGGAAGAACAGAGAGAAGAGGACCCUGGAGGUGAAUUGCCUCAGGCGACUGAUUCGUGGGAUCAAGACAUGGGGCUGCCUGACUCGAUAUUCUCCGAUGAUUGGUUGUCAUUGCCACUAGACCCACUGAUGGCGCCAUUUGGGGCUUGGGAUGAAACCGGGCAGCUGGAUGGAUUGGACUCUGCAUAUUUGGAUUUGGACUUUAUUUGGAAUUUGCCGCCGUAG